UGUCCCUCGGACACAGCAGAUCACUGAUCCAUGAAAAGAGCCGAUGAUGUCGGCUCGGUCAUGUGAUCAGCUGACAGCUCAUCAUCAGAGCACUGAUGAUCAGUGUGCCCUGAUGAUCUGUGUAGCCUCAGCAGCGCCACCUGUCAGUGUCCAUCAGUGCCAACUCUCAGUGCUCAUCCAUGCCACCUGCCAGUGCCCAUCAGUGCCACAUUUCAGUGCCACAUCAAUGCCACAUAUCAGUGCCCAUCUGAGCUGCCUUUUAGUGUCACCCAUCAGUGCCAGUCAGUGCCACCUAUCAGUGCUGCCAGUCAGUGCCACCUAUCAGUGCCAGUCAGUGCCCCCUAUCAAUGCCCGUCAG